UGCCGGUACAGUGCUGUAAUCAUAAAAUGUGUAACGCAUAUUUUUUAUGUUGCAGUUUUAUAUUCUCGGUGGAUUUAUAAGUCAAUAGAGUGAAUAAUCUUUCUGUUUUGUGUCACAACGCAAGUCUAAAAGAAUGAAAGAAAGUUGAUUUGCCGCUUGUCGUUGGCAUUACGAAUCAAGUCGCAGUCGUCGGACUUUUAAUAUUGAAGAAGAUUAUUUGUUACAGUUGUUUGCGCUCCGGACGAUACAUUCGUCCAGGUUGCGGAAAUUCGAGACAUUCGAAUUAGUGGUUGUAUUACGCUGCACUUCGUCAUAGACAUUUGAGUAUGGUACUGCACGGGCAAAGUCUGUGGAAAAGCACGAAAUUGAUGAUGUUCGCAGAAAUAUCUUAGCAAGAGGACGGAGGCAGGGGGAAGAAGUUAGAUAUCAUUCCAAUACUUAACUCAAGGUCGAGGUCGAGGUCGAGGAGCAUCGCGAGUUGUGUUUCGAACGUUUUCAAGUGGAAUAAACAAGCAGAUGGCUUCCUGGUUUUUCGCGAUGAUGGUCAUCCUAAUGGGUUGGCAACUGGGAGUUUCUUCAGCGACAGUAGCAGUUGAAUCCAUUAGCCUCCUUGUUCAAAAGUAUUCUGGUUCUACAGGGCUUAUAACUAUAGAGCAGAUGCAACAAAUUCUUGAUAGAAUUUGUACGUGCUCAUCUGAUGUUAGUAAUAUAGACACUGUUAAUUCUCUGCAGAGGAACUGUACAUCUGGCCAAGACUGCAGCUAUAUCAACAAUACAUGCUUGUCAGCAGUGGACGUAUUUAGGAAGUUGAAUAUAAAGGAUGAGAAAGUGAAUGUCGCUUCAUUUGAACUUGCCUGUCCUGUGAUAUUGGAACAAUUAGAGAAAUAUGUCUGCAACAGAGAUCAACGUGGCCCUGACAGUGCUGAUCUGAUAACUAAGCCAUCUGCAACUGAAGUGUGGGGUCUGGGUUUCCUGUUCGUUACAGUAAUCAGUUUGUGCUCUCUGAUGGGUGUCAGUGUUCUGCCCUUCAUGGAUAAGCAUUUCUACAAGCAGCUGCUUACCGGUCUAAUCGGCCUUGCAGUUGGCUCCCUUGCAGCAAGUUCGCUCUUCCAUUUGAUCCCUCAGGCAUUUGGCCUCACAAAUUCAGAUGGUUACCACAACUACUUAAACCGGUCGUUGAUGAUGUGGGCUGGUAUCUGGGUAUUUUUCAUGACUGAAAGGAUUAUGAAAAUGAUAACUGAUCACAGACAAAAAGAGGAACGUACUUCAGCAUGCGCGUACCCAAGCAAUGAAGUGUCUGUGGAAGUUGUGUCAAGCAUCUCGAGUCCUACGGAGCUCAUCCCACAUCUUCAUCAGGAGCUGGAGCCCCUUCAGGAACGUGAGUGCUCAGAACAGAACGCCCGCGAGGAACCCAACUGCCUUCAUACAAAUCCUGGAAUUAUUUAUGGCUGCCAGGAACAGGCUAUAAAGGCUUCAUUUGGCCAUCAGGAGAAACCACGUAUCAACCAUUCACACGGACAUGAACAUGUGAUGCAUUUUGAGCAAGGGAAGGACAGUGCCAUUGCUACCGUCGCUUGGAUGGUUGUGUUUGGUGAUGGGCUCCACAAUUUCAUUGAUGGAUUGUCCAUUGGUGCGGCAUUCAAUGAGAGUUUGCUCACUGGGGUCAGCAUAAGUGUGGCUGUAAUGUGCGAGGAAUUUCCUCAUGAGUUAGGUGAUUUUGCAGUACUUUUAAAUGCUGGUAUGACCAUGAAACAAGCUCUUAUCUACAACUUCCUGUCUGCCUGUACCUGUUAUAUUGGUUUGGUGUUUGGGAUCUUGCUUGGCGAAAUUGAAGCCAGCAGUUAUAUCUUUGGUUUUGCAGCGGGAAUGUUCAUGUAUAUAUCACUCGUGGACAUGGUCCCAGAAAUGAAUGAGGUGGCAGAAGAAGCUAGCAAAGUGAGCUUGAAGAAAGCAUUCCACACCUUGUUUCUACAGAAUGUUGGCAUGGGUAUAGGUAUUUUAGCUCUCUACGUUUUGGCACGUUAUCAAGACAGCAUCAAUUUCGGUUGAAGAUUUCAACUUUCAGAAAAGUGGUUUUCUUAAAACAUUUGUUUACAGUUUAAGUAACGAGAGUGAGCAUGUCAUGUUCCAAGAUACAAUGUGAAUGCUAUUUAAAUAACAGAUUAAAUUUAUGUUUUAGAAAGUCCCUUUUAAAACAAAUAUUAAGGAAUCUUAAACAUUGCUACAUUUGUAACUUUUAUGCUGUAAUUUUUUUCAUACAAAUGCACAAAUAUGAACCACUACAUAUACUCGGUGAAAGAAAAUUUAAAUACAGUUUAACCUUUAUUGUACUGGAAUUGGGGAUUUAAAUUAUUCUGUAACACAGCUACGAGUCAGUUUUAAACUCCAGGUUAAAUGGCUUAGUGAUGUGAUAGUGCAGCGUACAUUCAGGGAGAUCAUAUCUGAGCUGUGAUGCACAUUUGAUAAAGGUUACAAAUGUAAAGAGAGUUUAUUACAGAGCAUUCUCGAAGGGGACAGCGGAGGUAGUUUAUACUCUGAAAUAAUAGCAGCUAUUACUGCGACUUCCGUGUAAAGGAUCUGUAACAAAGUAUUUUUUUUAUUAAAGGUGUGAAAAGAGGUUUUCAGGCUAAAACAUUCCUGAAAAGGUUGGUAUUUAUUACAUAAAUUAAUUUUGAUCAUGUCCCAUUUUUGCCAAAAUGUAACAUGACCUCAAAUAUGAGCACACCGAAUUUGAAACUUUGAAGAAAGGAAAAUAUGUCUUCAAAUCCAUUGUAAAAAAUUAUUUGAUUAGCUUCUAAAUAUGGUUAAUAACUAUCAAUGUGUUAACACUUAGUAUGUGCUUGUUCAUGUAAUUUAAUUUAAUUUAUAUUAUUUAUUGGACAUGUAAAAAUUGUUUUGUGAUAAAAGAGUUGAAAUUUUG